GUGUGUUGUCUUCUCGCUUUCAAUCUGCAUUACCUACCUUCCUAUUCCUAUAUAUACCAUAAUCCUAUCUAUCGUCACUAAUACUAAACUAUUUCUCUCUUCCAAAUCUCUGAAAUCUAAACGUUAACUACAUUCUGUUCUUUUCAUGCUUUCAAGCUUUUCAAGAAAAACAAACUGAGACAGACUUCUUUUUCUUUUCAAGCUUUUCCAGAAAAACAAACUGAGACAGAGAACACCAGGAAAAGAAGGAAAAGAAAGAGAGAUAUGGGACCGCUUUUCCCCGCGGGGAUUCUAAUCGCCGUUGUAGUGUUUCAUGCUACGGUGGUUUUGUCUUCUUUUCCGGCCACUUUGCAUCUGGAGAGAGGGGUUCCGGCGAGCCAUAAACUGAAACUGAGUCAACUCAAAGAGCGAGACAGAGUGAGGCAUAGCAGAAUGUUGCAGUCUUCAGGAGGUGGUGUUGUUGAUUUCCCUGUCGAAGGAACCUUUGACCCUUUCCUCGUUGGGCUUUAUUAUACAAGAUUACAAUUGGGUUCUCCUCCAAGAGAUUUCUAUGUACAAAUAGACACUGGAAGUGAUGUCUUGUGGGUUAGUUGUAGCUCCUGCAAUGGCUGUCCUGUUAGCAGUGGACUUCACAUUCCACUCAAUUUCUUUGAUCCUGGAAGCUCACCGACAGCCUCAUUGAUAUCUUGUUCAGACCAAAGAUGUAGUCUGGGCCUUCAAUCCUCAGAUUCUGUCUGUGCUGCACAAAACAAUCAAUGUGGAUACACCUUCCAGUACGGUGAUGGCAGUGGCACAUCAGGAUAUUAUGUGUCGGAUCUGUUGCAUUUCGAUACAAUUCUUGGCGGGUCUGUGAUGAAAAAUUCUUCAGCUCCUAUCGUAUUCGGGUGUAGCACAUUACAAACUGGGGACCUGACAAAGCCAGACAGAGCAGUUGAUGGGAUAUUUGGGUUCGGACAACAGGACAUGUCUGUUAUCUCCCAACUAGCUUCACAGGGAAUAACACCAAGAGUGUUCUCUCACUGCUUGAAAGGGGAUGAUUCUGGAGGUGGUAUAUUGGUUCUUGGAGAAAUCGUGGAGCCGAACAUAGUUUAUACUCCACUUGUCCCAUCACAGCCUCAUUAUAAUUUGAACCUGCAGAGCAUUUAUGUCAAUGGACAAGCUUUAGCCAUUGAUCCAUCAGUUUUUGCGACAUCAAGCAAUCAAGGAACUAUCGUUGAUUCUGGAACGACCUUGGCAUAUCUAACAGAAGCAGCCUAUGAUCCUUUUAUCAGUGCUAUAACAUCUACUGUUUCACCAUCUGUAAGCCCAUAUCUUUCCAAGGGAAAUCAAUGUUAUUUAACCUCUUCCAGUAUCAAUGACGUAUUUCCUCAAGUUAGUUUGAACUUUGCUGGUGGUACUUCCAUGAUUUUAAUUCCCCAGGACUAUCUUAUUCAGCAAAGCUCUAUUAAUGGUGCUGCAUUGUGGUGCGUUGGCUUCCAGAAAAUUCAGGGUCAAGAGAUAACAAUCUUGGGAGAUCUUGUUCUAAAAGACAAAAUCUUUGUUUAUGAUAUUGCUGGUCAACGGAUUGGAUGGGCUAAUUAUGACUGCUCAAUGUCAGUAAAUGUGUCUACUGCCAUGAAUACUGGCAAAAGCGAAUACGUCAAUCCGGGGACCCUGAUCAAUAACGGUUCACCAGAGAACAUGCCUCACAAACUGAUACCAGUGAUUAUGAUACCAUUCCUUCUGCACGUACUAUUGCUCAGCUGUUACUUGUUUUUGUAGCACACCAUGCAAGUUGCAACGCAUCUGGAACUUUGCUUCACUGUAUAUUUCAAGCAACCGGCAGGGCCAUGCAGUAUUACUGCUUUGGUUGCAUCCAGUUGCUGUCUGGUGUGCAACUGAUUUCCGAGUGUCUUUUCUUCUGAACAUACUUCGUUGGCGGCGGUGUACACUGAUACUUUCAUGAUUCAUCCAUUAUCGCUCUGGCUCCAUUGCAAGCGCUGUAAAUUUACCUUCAUAUAGGAUUUUUGAUCUAACAGCAGAAUUAAUAUAUACAAAAUGUUUCAGUUUGGUUACUUUUUCAAUGUUUUCUGUAGUUUGUAUCCAUAAACAACUUGUGAGUUAAAAGUACCGUAGUGGUUUGUGACAUAAUUUACUUGGAUUCUUUUGGUCCAAGCAUUUUUAAUAGAGUAAUGUGUCAUCUGCUUCUGUUA